CGUGACUGCCAAGGAAGGAUGCCAGUCACAGGCUGCCUCAGCCAGGGAGAUCCCUGAAAGCCGAAUGAAAAAAAAAAAAAAAAUCGCAGGGUGAGGGCUGGAAGGAAUCGAACCCAGCAACCUCCCACGCGCAGAGAAAAGUGUGUAUGCACUUGCACGUCCGGUCCCAGCCUGGCACUGGCGGGUUGUCUCCGACGACCCCGGGAACGCGGAGCACCCCAAACAGGAACUUCAAAGGGAGUGAAAUCUGUUGCCUGUUCCACUAGGAAUCCUGUUUGCCAGGCACAAGGUGUCUUUCGGUAGUGGGCACUCUCCGCGCAUGCGCAGGUCCAUUCGGGAAUCACUGCCCAGCCGCCGACUAAGUUGCAUUCCUUGAAUCUUCGCAGAAAAGACCAUUCUUCCCUCAGAGUUAGUAAUGUGGACAGCACAAAAUCGAGAGAGUCUGGGGCUUCUCUCUUUCCCUGUGAUGAUUGCCAUGGUGUGUUGUGCACACAGCGCCAAUGAACCCAGCAACAUGUCAUACGUGAAAGAGACAGUGGACAGAUUGCUCAAAGGAUAUGACAUUCGCUUGCGGCCGGACUUUGGAGGGCCCCCCGUGGACGUCGGGAUGCGGAUCGAUGUCGCCAGCAUAGAUAUGGUCUCCGAAGUGAACAUGGAUUACACACUUACAAUGUAUUUCCAGCAGUCUUGGAAAGACAAAAGGCUUUCUUAUUCUGGAAUCCCAUUAAACCUCACCCUAGACAACAGAGUAGCUGACCAACUCUGGGUACCAGAUACCUACUUCCUGAAUGACAAGAAAUCAUUUGUGCAUGGGGUCACAGUGAAAAAUCGAAUGAUUCGACUACAUCCUGAUGGAACAGUUCUCUAUGGACUCCGGAUCACAACCACAGCUGCAUGUAUGAUGGAUCUCCGAAGAUACCCUCUAGAUGAACAAAACUGCACCCUGGAGAUUGAAAGUUAUGGUUAUACCACUGAUGACAUUGAGUUUUACUGGAAUGGAGGAGAGGGAGCAGUAACUGGAGUUAAUAAAAUUGAGCUUCCUCAGUUUUCAAUUGUUGAUUACAAGAUGGUGUCCAAGAAAGUGGAAUUCACAACAGGGGCCUACCCACGACUCUCUCUAAGUUUUCGACUGAAGAGAAACAUCGGUUACUUCAUUUUGCAAACUUACAUGCCUUCUACACUCAUUACAAUUCUGUCCUGGGUGUCUUUUUGGAUCAAUUAUGAUGCAUCAGCAGCCAGAGUCGCACUAGGAAUCACCACAGUGCUGACAAUGACAACCAUCAGCACGCACCUCAGGGAGACCUUGCCAAAGAUCCCUUACGUCAAAGCGAUCGAUAUCUACCUGAUGGGCUGCUUUGUGUUCGUGUUCCUGGCUCUGCUGGAAUACGCCUUUGUAAAUUACAUCUUCUUUGGGAAAGGCCCCCAGAAAAAGGGGGCUGGCAAACAAGAUCAGAGUGCCAAUGAGAAGAACAAACUGGAGAUGAAUAAAGUCCAGGUUGACGCUCAUGGCAACAUUCUCCUCAGCACCCUGGAAAUCAGGAACGAGACAAGCGGCUCAGAAGUGCUCACCAGCGUGAGCGACCCCAAGGCUACCAUGUACUCGUACGACAGCGCCAGCAUCCAGUACCGCAAGCCCCUGAGCAGCCGCGAGGGGUAUGGGCGCGCCCUGGACCGGCACGGGGUGCCCAGCAAGGGGCGCAUCCGCAGGCGCGCCUCCCAGCUCAAAGUCAAAAUCCCCGACUUGACUGAUGUGAAUUCCAUAGACAAGUGGUCCCGAAUGUUUUUCCCCAUCACCUUUUCUCUUUUUAACGUCGUUUAUUGGCUUUACUAUGUACACUAAGGUCUGUCCUAAGGGUUCGAUUUAGACCACCUUCCUUUUCUUUGUUUUUUUAACCCCGAAGGUCCCCAACAGCGAUACUGCUGUUUUUUGAGGUAAGAAUUUCAGCCAUCCAAUUGGUUUUAGGUCUUGCAUAUCAAUUUUAUUACUGCAUCAUGUUUAUUUCAGUAAAAAAGAAAAAGAAAAAAAAAUAUUUUUUCCAGCCUACCGUGGUCCAGGUUAUCAGCUCUUUUAAGAGCUCUGUCAAUUGCCAUGUUUACAAACCAACAAACACAAAGAGAGAAUAUAGGUAGAUCUUUAGCAGUUUUUCCUGGUUACCCUGGAUUUUAUUGGUUUCUUUUUUAGAUAAAAAUAAAAAGAUGACCUCCUCCAUUUGCACUGCUUCCUGGUAAACUGUAACAGUCUCAUGCUGCCAAAAACAAAAACCAGAAACAAACAAAAAAAAAUCCACAAUUUCCAGGAUCUCAGAAUUCAAAACAAAGCCAUUGACAAGUUACAGAUUUCCAGGAAGAGAGACAAAAGAACGGGAGUCUACAGGAAGAUUCCCCGCCACUCUUCGGUGCCCCCAUGUCCCUUACAAAGGGGCUUCUCAGCUCCGCGGAAGAGGGAGGGAUCAGCAAGUGCGCGUCUAGGUGAUGCAAACCCAGCCUGCCAUCCACACCUCACCAUUGGGCUGGAUGUUCUGGAAAACGCUUCUUUCUCUGAUUUCCCAGCAAGUAUUCGAUUAGCAUUAGAAUCCAGCUUGGUAAACCUGGUAGCCACUGAGAACACUUUCCUUUUCUUGAGAAUAAGGGGUUUGGGGGCAAUGACCAUUUUUCUAGUGGACCAGUUCCGAUGAGCAGCCCUGAAUUCAUUUCAUCAGCCUGGAAUUCCUUGAUGCUGUGCUAUGAAGCCUCACCAUCCCAUUUCCAUGCUUCCUGUCCCAGAAUAUGACAGCAAGGGAAUGGAGAGGAUUUUACAGAAGGGUGAGGUGCACAAUUUUUGCUUGAGAAAAAUAUUACCCUUUCCACAAGGAAGGCGAGAUUUAUGUGCUGUGCAAAGGGUGCCUGGGCAGUUCUCUGAACUGCCAAAUCUUAAAUCAAAUAGUAUAUAUUUCUUAGCCUUCCAGAGAGCAGUUUCUAACGAAGACAGGCUGGUCACACAGGCCUCAGCCAGCGCGUGAGGACUCUGCUCUCUGAGCUCUGCAUUCCAAACUGUGGCGUGAACAUUUCAAGAAAUGCAUGUGUGCUUGUGGUGUCAUUCUCCCAGAGUCCACAGAUAAAACAACAGUGACAAAGGCACUGGGCCUCCAAACUUGUACACCAGCCCUUGAGGAAUAGACCCUGCCUACACUUAGAGAUCACUGUCAUUACUGCACUGCCUUAUCUCUGCUCAUGGGUUAAUUUGGUCAUGGUUCUCAUGACCUUCAGUAGCAAGACACACAGUA